AGUGGGCUGGCUACACUUAACGUGACAAAAAUAAUGCUGAAGCAAAAUUUGUGGUGAACGGUUGUGUCGGGUCGCGACUGGCGCAAAAUCCGAGAACUUAUAUUAAACAAAUGCCAAAAGGCUAAGCAUCUAUUAUACAGAACGGAUUUACGGAUUGAUUGCUAUUAAUAUUUGCAAUAUAACAGCUCGCAGUUAGUGUUGUGCUAAAAUUUUUACGUAGCCAAGCAGAAGCCAAAAAAUAAUAUUUUGCCGUUGUCGGCGUCAAUUUUCUUAAACAAUUUGUAAACGCCCAGCCAUGUCCGACGCGGCCAAGUCGAAUAACAACGCCGCCAGCUCGGCGAACGUUGAUGAGGAUGCCGGCGAUCUCACACCGACGACAACGAAACCACGCAGCAAUCACAACAACAACAACAGCAGCAAAUUGAAAUCAACCCAAAAUAGCAGUGAAGGCGGCAGCAUAGACAAACUUUCACCUGAUCAGGACAUUUUUAUAAAUGCCGCCGACGGGCUGCCCAGCCAACAUCCGACGUUGCCGCCAGAAGGCGAUGUGGAUACCGAUACGGAGCCAGAGGUAGAUGCUGAUUCGUUUGAUGAUUUGCCAACAUCCAUCAUUGUGACCAACAUACAUUCGGAGGUGUUUGCCAAUCCUGAUCUUAAGCAUGCCAUGGAGGAGCUGUUCCGCACCUUCAGCGAGUCGGCCACCUUCCAAUGGCUGCGCAGCUUUCGCCGACUCCGCGUGAACUAUGACAAUGCCAUUGCGGCAGCUAAUGCACGCAUCAAGCUGCAUCAGUACGAGUUUAACAAAAAGACGGUGAUCACCUGUUACUUUGCGCAACCGGUGACACCCGUUAGCAACAAGAAUCUACAGCCACCGGCGCCGGUGAAACAGUUCCUUAUCUCUCCACCCGCCUCGCCGCCAGCUGGUUGGGAACCACGUGAAGAGGGUGAGCCGCUUGUCAAUCACGAUCUGCUCGCGGCCUUAGCCAGUCUAACACCCGGUGAAUCGCACGAGCUACAUCCACAGAGCGAGGAUCAGCCGGCAAUUAUUGUGCACACCGCCAUGGUGCCCGAGGGAGGGGGCGUAGGCACAGCACUACAACCAAAGGCGCCAAUUGUACAAACCAAAUGUCCGGAGCGCGCAUAAGCGCCCAACUUGGAGCUUAAAAUGGAAUGUUUGGCGGCAUGUGGAAGAGCCAGCACCAGGGCCCACCAGGCACCAUCUAUAUAGAAGAGAGAUCUCAGAAAUGAAUAGCUUAACCAGAUGGGGAAUGGGCACACAGCCAGCAUGCAUAGACAGCUGUGUAGCAGCCUGGUGGCUGAGAGUAUUUUUUGUAAAUAAUUUCUAAAAAAAAAAAUUCGAUUGUGAUUAAUUUACACGUAGCUAUGUUUUAAAUUAAGUACUUGUACUCUCUCGUUCGAAGCGGAUUUAAGACUUGGUUUUCAUUUCCCAUUUGAUUUGUCUCGUGUGUAGCCGUCGAGCAUUUACCAAACAUUAGCUUAUCUUAAUGUGAGCCAAGCGGAGCUGUUAAUUCCAAUUAAUUCUAGAUGUGUUUGUCGUUUGCAUACGAAGUCGCGUUGCCUCUAUCUCUCUUGGUGUUCGUUUCUAUUUGUA